ACCACAGCGUCAACUCUUUACAUCCUUGCAUAUGCACCCUUACACGCAACGCCUUCGUUACGGGCUCUAUUUCCUCCUUUUGGGUAGAGUAUAGCAGGGCUGUUUGGAUAAUAGACUUUCGGACUAGGACCAGCUGGCACUUUGAUCCCUAUAUUAAUUUUCUACCGGCAGCAUGCAGCGAACGCUCCGAACGCUGGUGUCUCGGUGCAUCGGCGCUAGCUGCGGCAGCGCUGGGGCACAGCAAACUGGAGCAUUAGCACUUAACGGCAUUAGCACCUCGGGUGUUCUCGUCCAGAACCAGCCGCUGUCCACCUCAGCCGUCGCCAGCGCCAGGGCCCUUCUCCCUGCGGCGCUGCUUGCCAGCGCCCCUCGGUCAUGCUGGUGGAUGAUGCAGCUAGCGCAGGCGCCAGAUGCACCCUCCACCUCCCGUCACUACGCCAAAGCAGCCAAGGGCGGUGCCCCUGCUGCCGCCGCUGCCCCCACUGGCCCUAAGCGCCACCGCACCAGCUCAACCAAGCUCUACUCCUGCCGCAACGACCGGCUGCGUCACACGCACGAACAGAUCUGGCCCACCAUGCAGCUGACGGAGGCGGAGGCCGCCAUGUUCCGCCGCAACAGCCGGCUGUUCGUGGUGGACAUGGGCCGCAACAUCUCGUUGCAGACCAAGUUCCGCAUGGGCCAGCAGGACCCCGCGCAGCAGGCGGAGGCAGCGGAGGCGGAGGCGGCGGGCGUGCCGGCGCCACCUGUGAGCCGGGCGGUGCCGUACCACCAGGCCCGCAACCUGCUGUAUGAGACGCAGCUGCACCUCGACGCGCUGGGAGAGAACCCGAGGUACCUCAGGGUACGCAAGGUGGGCUCUCUGUACGCCGCCAAGCUGCAGAACGUGCGCAAGCUGCGGCUGCUGCUGGGCUUCCAGCGCCGCGGCUACGUCCAGAAGAUGUACGAGCAGAGCUUGAUCACCCGCGGCCCACACCGCAUGUGGAAGAUGGUGUGCGCCAUGGAGUCCAAGCUGCCCAUGUUCGUCACGCGCAUGGGCCUCGUGGAGGACUCUGUUGGCGCCAUGACGGCGCUGAAGUACGACAAAGUGUAUGUCAAUGGAAUGCAGCCCGCCAUGCCGUACAAGGGAUACCUGACCCCGGGCGAUGUGGUGAGCCCAUCCGCCGGCAGCACGCCGUACUUCCGCAAGCGGAUAGCAAAGAGCUUGGAGCCGCUGUUGGGGGAGGCUGUGCGCUGCGUUGUGUAGUGGGCCUGGAAGCGUCAGAUGGGGUCUUGGGAAGGGAGGUUCGAGGUUGAGGAAUGUCUCGUAAGCUCAGGUGCAUCUUUGGCGCAGCACUGGCGCCACCUGUUCUUUGAGCAGGCGCCGCGCGUGUCCGAACUGCGUUUUGGCCUGGGCCAGGGGGAAGGGAGCUUGCAUUAUGGUAGCCAUUGGAUUCCCGCAUGCCUAGCACGUUUUGGUUACGGGCACGGCCCCCUGGGCUUUGCGCUGCUGGGUCUUUUGAGAGCUGUUGCUUUUUCCGCACAAGGGUUCAUCCGGAGACCGCGGUUUCCAUAGGCUUGCAUGAGAAGUUGGCCGGUGCUGUCUUGCCAAUCGGUUUACUGGUGUAGAUUACGGUGCAGCCGUGGUUCGGGUCCAUGGGUUGGAUAUAAGGGCCUGCAUUGGUUGUAUUGCUCCUCUUGGGACAUGGACCUGAUGAGGGCACCUUACCAAGGAAACAAUGCAUUGUGAAGGCGAAUACCGUGCGUCGCAGCUGCAAGUGCGAGAUUACUAAGCUCUUUGUAUGGUGCGCGAAGUACUACUGCGGUUUUUGUUUUUAAGAAAGCGGUCUGGAGAGGGCCAGCCUUAGCGAAGGGAGCUAGCGAAUGUCCUGGGUGCCAGUCCGCUGCUGCUAUUACUACUGUUAGCUUACAGGGCACCAGGUAUGCCAAGGACAACCUCUUGGCAGCGCGUCUUUGUAAUGCUUUAACGUUCG